UUGGAAGCUGAUCCAUCUCUUCGAUCCUAUGCUGAUACGCAUGGAGAAUGGGAGAACAGGGAAAUAUCGAUAAUGGGAGCUGUAAAGAGCUUCAUAUCUCAAUUGUCAUUGGGCCAGGAAUUAACUAAGGUCAGCAUGCCUUCUAUAUUCUUGAUGCCAUACUCUGUCCUGGAAAUUGCUGCAUCCAGGUAUCUCAAAUAUAUACACUUGCUAUCAGAUGCAAUCCAUGAACCAUAUCCAAUAAGGAGGAUGGCUGUACUAGUUCAAUAUUUCUUGGCAACAUUAAGAGAUGGAAAUUUCACCAAGAAGCCAUAUAAUGCAUUGUUAGGAGAGAACCAUCAAUGUUUUGUCAGAUACCCUUCAGGUGAAGGAGAUAGACCUGCCACUGCGAGAUUCCUGGCCGAACAAGUCUGUCAUCAUCCUCCUCUGUCCUGUUUCUACAUUGAAACAACAGAGGGUAUUAGCAUUGAGUGCAAUGUACAAUUCUCAGCCAAGUUCCACAUGAACUCAGUGUCCAUUGUGACGAGUGGAUCACUUAUCAUUGCUUUGCCAGUUGUUGGUGCCAAUAAUCAGGUCACCAAGGAGGUGUAUAUAAUUGAUAAGGGUCUGCCAGAUGCCAUUGUCAAGAAUGUCAUAUUCGGAACAAGAUCCAUUCAUUGGACGGACUGCGUCGAUAUCAUGUGUCAGGCAUCAGACACAUCGGCCACUCUGCACUUUGACAAGAAUGAGUUUGUCAAGGGCGACAUCAAUGUGACCAACCAAGAGAAGGGUGUCGAGGAGAGCCAAGCCUACAUCGGUGGCUAUCUAAACAGUAUUGUUAACAUUGAAUACCUUGAAGGAGAGAAUGCCACUAAUGCUUGCUCUAUUCAUUGGAUUGACCACCAACAGAAGAAGAUAAAGAAGAAGUUAAAGUCACGCAAGCAUCAUCACAGCCCAACAGACACUGUAUUGUUGGACGUCAGCAAGCUCCAAGCAUGCCAAUCACAAUAUCCACGACAACCUGACCAGUUUGCUUCUCUAAAUGUCUGGAAGGAAGUGACAAACUAUAUUAUACAAGGGGAUAUGGCAUCGUCUGAUGCAGCCAAGAAGGACAUUGAAGAUGAGCAGAGGAAGAGAAUGAAGAGUACUCCCACCGACCAGAAGGAUAGGCAAUUCUUCAGGUAUGAUGAAGGUUUGGAAAGGUGGGUCUUUAAAGGAUUCCCAGCUGUCAUU